GAAUAACAAGCUCGUGGAAACUGUCCAUGCGGUCGGAGCUAAGUUCUGCAAGACCCGCCGCAGAAGAACACUAACUACAAUAACUUCCCGGUCACACUCUUAAUCUUAUGGCUGUUAGACGGGAAAUGAGGUUGCCGUUUUCAACAGAUUUGACAGCAGACAGGCAACUGAAUAGACAGAUCUCCAAAUCCAUGCGGCGAGACUCACGCAACUUCAAUACAGCUUGUAUUAAAGAAGCGAUCGAGCAGAACCAAGGCUCCAAAGUCUUUGCCAGAGAUCGGUCUGCGAGAAAGAGCCAACUAUCAAAGAAAACCAAGUGUGGCAGCAUCGUUUCCGGGACACCUGAGAUUUUGAGUGAGAUUGAGAGGUUUUAUGGGCAGCUGUACACGUCAUCGUUGGAGCCACACGCAACUGUGAGUAACGAUCCAAGAGCAAGUUUUAUCCGACACUAUUCCGAUAAUAUCCCGGACAUCAGUCUGAGCGAGAUUAGAUGGCUCUCGAGCACCUUAAAAGCGGCAAGGCCCUAGACGAGGAUGGAAUUACAAUGGAGCUUCUGAAAUCGGGUAGAAAACUGGUACUUGAAUUCCUUCAGAAGCUCUUUAAUUCCGUGUUCCAUGGUGGCACUACUCCGGAAGCGUGGUGCUCAAGUGUGGUGGUCUUGUUCUUCAAGAAAGGUGACAACGCUCUCUUGAAAAACUACAGACCGAUUUCUCUUCUGAGCUGCGUCUACGUGCUGUUUUCGAGAAUCAUUACGAAUCGUCUCGCACGCAGACUUACGACUCCAGCCUCCCGAACUAACCGGUUUUAUAAAAGGCUUUAGUACCAUAGACCACAUACAUACCCUUCGGCAAAUUGUACAGAAGACCGAAGAGUACACUUUGCCUUGUAGAUAUGGCCUAUGAGAAAGCCAGCGGUGCCGAGUUGAUUGUCGGUAUAUUGAAGUGCUGAAGUGUUUGUACAGUAGGGCUACGAUGGCUAUCCGAGUACAUAACCAGUGUACGAAACCUAUCCAACUACAGAGAGGUGUAAGACAGGGUGAAGUUAUAUCCCCUUUUCACCGCUGCAUUGGAAGACGUUUUCAAGCUGGAAAGGAUACAGUAUUAACAUCAAUAGCGAGUACAUCACUCAUCUUCGAUUUGCCGACGAUGUAGCCCUUAUGGCAGAAUCGCAGGAGGACCUAAGCACUAUGCUCAAUGAUUUCAAUAGUGUCUCCCAAUGGAUAGGUCUUAAGAUGAACAUGGACAAAACAAAGAUCAUGUAUAAUGUCCAUGUCACACCUAUGCCGGUAGUUGUUGCACUAAGCUCUAAGUUGUUGAUGAGUACGUUUACUUGGGACAAAUAGUUCGACUAGAAAAGUCCAACUUCGAAAGAGAGGUAAAAAGAGCAAGAGGCAGCGUUCUGGAAAUUACGACACAUCUUCUCGUUAGGUAUACCUUAAAACCUGACAACGAGAUUGUACAACCAGUGUGUGUUACCAAUGAUGACUUAUGGGUCUGAGACGUGGUCCUUUACUGCUGGCCGUAUGAGGACGCUCAGCGAGCUAUGGAGAGGACUAUGCUUGGGGUUUCUUUGCGUGAUAAAUUUAGGAAUGAGAAUAUCCGGAUUAUAUCAGGAUAGCCCAACGGAUUGGUAAUCUGAAGUGAAAAUGGGCCGGCCAUAUAGCUCGAAGAACCGACAACCGAUGCGAAAAAAGGUUCUCAAGUGGCAGCCUCGUACCGGUUGGCGAAGUGUAAGGCGUUCCCCCACUGAUGGUGUGACGACCUGGUAAGACAUGCAGGAAGUCGAUGGAUGCAGGUAGCUCAGUACCGUGCUUUGUGGCUUCCUUGGGGGAGGCCUAUAUUCAGCAGUGGACUUGUGAAGGGCUGUAAUGAUGAUGAUGGUAAUGAGCACAAAUUGUACACAGGCGCAACUAGGACGUGAACUAAUUGAUGUGGGGACGACGGAAAACAAUUUUACUGAUUUUAUACGUAACCGUGCCCAUAACAUCCUGUCGGUGUUGUGUUGUAAGAUGCAACAAUAGAAAUAGACAGGAAAUGGACAACAGCAUCUUCUUGAAUACAACUCUAACGAAUUAGUACAAAAUGUGGUGAAGCUUGGCAACUAUGGCCAAUAUCCUCCGUGUAAGACAAUAAUUUUUUGAGGGAAAUCUAUGUUCAGCUGUGGACUUUGCUCUUAUAGGCUGUAAUGAAUGAAUAAAUGAAUAUGUAAACGAAGAUUCGUGGUGCAGAUAAGCGGCCGUACCAGUGUGCGCAGUGCCCCAAGAGCUUCACGCAGCGCGGCGCACUGGCGCUGCACGCGCGCUCUCACGCACCGCCGCAGCAGCGCGCGCUCAGCCUGCACCGCUGCCCGCGCUGCCCCAAGCUGUUCCUGUACGCGUCCGGUCUGUCGCGGCACAUGCCGACGCACAGCGGGCGCGUGUUUACGUGCGGCGGCUGCGCGCGCUCCUUCCGCGACAAGAGCUCGCUGCUGCGCCACCUGCGCACCGCCAGGCACGACACGUAGCACACACACACGCACACACACACACACGCACACACACACACACAUACACACACACACACACACGCGCUUUAUUUCGUAUUUUCCUAAAACUGUAACUGUCGUAAAUGAAAAUACUACCACGUGGUAUAUUUACAGUGCUAGCUGUAACCCGCCCGCGCACUCGCCCGCUCGAUCCACAGAUGUGACACAAUUUUCAUUCUAAAUUCUCGAUCUAGUAAUAUAUUAUAUAAAAGUCUUUAAAGGACCCAUAGAACCUGUACUGUCAGCAUAAACGAUUGUGUUUUGAUUUUACCCGGGACCUAAACUCUGUUCUUGACUUUACGCGGAGACAUUCCACAUAGAGGGAAAUUCGUCGACUAUUACUUGCCAAAGCAUCCACGACACCACAAAUAUAAUUGACUUCUUAUUGAUUUCUUAUCUACGCGAGUGCAUACUAAUCAAGACUAAAUACAUAGAAUAACAAUUCUUUUACAUUACUUAAUUACAAUUUAAUACAAUACAAUAUUAGUACUGAUUUUUAAAUUGCUGAAGUUUGGGGUACUUUGCGUCACUCAUAGUCACGGAGGAAAUAAGAUGAUUGACGCCCUGAUGUCAUAGUUAACGUGGGCAACUGUCGGCAUUCAAUUAAUAAUAUUUGGUCCUAUCUACACGGUAAUAAAAAAAUAAAACAAUAGCAUAAUUAAACGUCAUAAAAUUUAGUAAAAUUUGCUCUAUUCAAUAAUUUUUUUUUUGUGUACAAUUAAGAUACAUUUAAAAAUAUCAAACAACAACGAACAGCAAGUGGCAGUAUAUCCGUUUGAUAAGCCUAACUCAAGUCCCAUGGCUAGUGAGUGAUCGGUGCGGUGCACCUUCACUACAGCAAUAGCGCCUACCAGCGUGGUGAGUUUUGGUCAUUGAUAACACGUUCCAAUAUCUAUGGUUUUGGUAAAUCUUUUCAGUUUAAUAGCCCAUAUCCGGCAAUGUGCUAUAAAAGGCUGUUAAAGAAGAAUCUUACAAGAAUAUAGAAUAUAAUUUAGCUCAUAGAUAACACUCAAGACGUUCUAACACUUAAGUUAAUAAAAUGUAUAUUAUUUAUUCAAAAGAAAUCAUUUAUUAAGUUGUAUGAAUCGUGAAAUACAAUAAUUUUAAUGAACAU